AUGGGACAUUCUCAUUCCGUACAGGCAUCAACACCUUGCUCUUCUCCUGAAAAACCAUUCUUUUUACAAGUAUCACCAAAUGGACGCCGCUCCUUUUCUUUCCAUGUUAAUGAUUGUGCAAGAAAUGACAAUUCCUCGAGUGAAGGUGAAUCUUGUUCGAAUGAAUGUGUCAUUUCUGUCGAUUCACAAGAAUUGUUAGAAAUGGAGAACAGACAAUUGGCAAGAUUGAUCAUGAAUUUGGAAUUCGAAAAUCCAAUCUUGUGGAAACAAUAUGUGGUUCAGUAUUAUUUAACCACUCGAUAUCAAUUUCCAAAAAUGAAAAACGAUCCAAAAGGUGAGAAGAAAUCUCUUCCACUACAGAAAGGAACUUGUAAUGUGAGAGAGAAUUCGAAACAAGAUCACACCUUGAUGAACAAUAGUGAAGAGCAACUUUCUUCUCAAGAUCCAUUGAUACAACUGUAUCGACACCACAGCUCGGUCCUUUCCAAGUCACAAGUCAAUCUUUCGAAUUUAACAACCAUCGUUGAAGAGGAGCAUUGUAUGAUUCCUACAAAAAAGUCUUCUUCCAAACGGUUGAAAAAGAAUUCUUCGAACUCUAAAUGCACUUCGUCAUUCACACGAGUGGUGACAACCUCUUCAAGUGCUCCAAUUUUACCUUCUUUACAUUCUAACAGCAAAUUCAAUCAAGAACAUGGAACCAUGCUUUCCUCUUCGAUUGGAGACUUGUUAGGCGAUUCUCAAAGAACGUUGCCUUCUUCUUCUUGUUCAACCAAUCUUUCGAGUCAUUCUUCAGAAAACAAUACCACCGCUCAUGAAUCACUUGAAAGUAGUGCUGGCUUAAAGAACUUGGAACUUGAUGACAACAAGUCUCAGCAGCGUCCAACUGUUAAACCCUCUUCGGACCAUCAGGAUGCAAGAGACUUGUAUGAUGGAAUGACACGUCCAAGCUCCAAAUCAUUGCCCCCACGACCUCAUAUCAUUCGAAUUUCACAGUAUGAAGUGGAUUAUAAGGAUGUGGAACAUGAAUUUCGAAGAGAAUUUCUCAAUUAUCAAUUAAGGGAAUACAAAUUUCCUCAAAAGAAGAGACACGAGAGUCCAUACCACGUUGCACCUCCUGAUCAAUUUUUGUGGGAUUUGAAACAUUCGAAAUGUGGUGGUGAAAGAAAAUAA